AUGAGUUUACCGCUGACAACGUCUUUGAACAUCAGUCGAGCAGCUCUAGAGCAAUCUGGAAUUCCAGAAGAUGCCAUAAAUCCUCUCAUGAAUGCAAGCGAGUUGAGCAAAUUGAUUGAGAAGAGGAUUUCUGGCGUCGACUAUUUGAACGAUGAUAUCGCUCUUCUCCACAACUCUCCAAAGUUCUCUCCACAUGUCUGGAUUCCUUUCGAACGGUGUCAGCACAAGUCCAUCCACCUGAAGCAAAUCAUUUUAAUUGUCUUUCAAAUUUCCGCGUGCCUCUUGCAGCUCGCUGAGGUCGGACCUCCACUGAAGGAACGCUUCGUUUUCCAAUCUGGUAAGCUCCUCCAUAUUCUCCCAAAGUUCUUUUGCUGGGCGUCUAGGAAUUCGCAAGCGGUGCUCGUUUUCCUUCUGGAGAUCAAGAUUGGCACGAUGCAGCAGUUGCUCCGAUUCAACUCACUUUCCUUUCAAUCGAUCCGAUGGAAUUGCCCGUGGCACCGAAACUCAUUCCGACCGUGCUACUUUCCAUAUAAAAUGCAAGAAAAGCUGAACGUCGACACUGUCGAGAAGCGAACGGAAACCCGCGGAGGACGUCUGAUGCUGAUGAGAAGGAUUCUUCGAGAGCAAAAGUUUUUGGGAUACGUCACUAAGCCGACUGAUUCAACGAAGAUCUCUUAUCCAUUGUAA